AUAUUAAGAGUCACUGCCUUCACUAGGUUUAGGGUUUUCUCAGCCGCUUAAGAGCUUAUCAUCUUUGUGCUUCCUGCAAAUAGCUCUUUGCUGUUGAUCUUUCUCCUCCAUCAACAAACAUGGGUAAGACACGUGGUAUGGGAGCUGGGCGUAAGCUGAAGAGACUCCGAAUUAACCAGAGGUGGGCUGACAAGCAGUACAAGAAGUCUCACUUGGGAAAUGAGUGGAAGAAGCCUUUUGCUGGUUCUUCUCACGCUAAAGGAAUUGUUCUUGAGAAAAUUGGUAUUGAGGCUAAGCAGCCUAACUCUGCUAUCCGUAAGUGUGCUAGAGUUCAGCUUAUCAAGAAUGGAAAGAAGAUUGCUGCCUUUGUCCCCAAUGAUGGUUGUUUGAACUACAUCGAGGAAAACGAUGAGGUCUUGAUUGCUGGAUUUGGUCGUAAGGGUCACGCUGUGGGAGAUAUUCCCGGAGUUAGGUUCAAGGUCGUGAAGGUUUCUGGUGUUUCACUCUUGGCCCUCUUCAAGGAAAAGAAGGAGAAGCCAAGAUCUUAAGCAACCCGUACAAAAAGCUUCAAGCUUUUGAUAUGGUUUUUGAUAGUUCAGUUUAAGUCUUGUUCUGUUCUACUUUAUGUUUCAAGAACUUGAUUUUGUGUUACAUUUUAUGAGUUUUUGAAUUAAGACAUGAUCGUUUAAUGUUAUUGGUGUUUAAUCAAUUUACUCUUUUAACUUAUAAGCCUCAUCUUCAGUUGCGAC